CCGCCGUUACACAAAAGCAGAAGAAGACGUUAGUUGCGGGAAAACUAAAGCGGAUGAUUCCCGUGUUGCCAACUCCCAUUUGUGAGAAAACAAGCUUUUAAAAACCACCAUGAAAACCCCAACAGCCUCCGAUGUCAGAAAGGGGAUUUCACUCCUUUGGGAGACUCUGCAGUGCCCCAUAUGCUUGGAUUUAAUGACUGCACCUGUUUCUACCAAGUGUGACCAUCAGUUUUGCAAAUUUUGUAUGACGAAACUUUUGGACAACACCAAACAAAACAGGGCUAGCUGUCCAGUGUGUAAAACCAAUAUAACCAAAAGGGGCUUGCAGGAGAGUCCUGGGUUUCAGAGGCUUGUAGCCGGAUUGCAGGACAUGAUAAUGGCAUAUGAACACGACACUGGCACAAACUACUUCACUGGGAUGUCACAGCAAAAAGGACAAUCAGGAGUCACAGAUGCUGAAGCUUCUAAACGUUGCCAUGAUAUGUCACUUGAAGACACACCUGGCAGUGGCCAUGACAAUUUGGAAAAUGUUGACAGUGAUGCUCUUCCAAGGUCUCACUCCUCGACUAUAGCAGCUCAGAAUGGAUUUGCUAGACUGAUGGGACUUGAAGACACAAGUCCUUUGAUGACACAAAAUGAAGGCCUGGACAGUGGCCUCGGGGAUGCACCACCAAUGUCUGAUAGGAAAGUGCACAGCUCUACAGAUAAUUUGGACCCAGCAGAAAUUGACAUGUCAGAAGUUGUGGAAAAUGCAACAUCAACACACAAAACUAGAGGUAAAAUUGGAUCCCGCAAAUUGGAGAAAGCCUCCGUUCAUCUGCCAUUGACCCCAGAUGAGACUGAACACGAACCUUUAAGAAAGUCCUCGAGGAAGAAGCGUAAAAAGGAUUCAGAGUCUGACAAGAUUCUUGGGGAGAAACAGAAGAAAAGUCUACAGAAAGUCGCUGAGUGGCUUAUGAAGGUUCCAACAGAAGAAAGUCUUGAGUUAGAGAAACCUGACGAAGACGAUGAGGACUCUGACAGCAGCUCUUCCGCUUCAACGAUAGAUAUCAAGCAACACAACAUUGAUUUGAAUCUCGGGAGAGUGGAUCGUGCUAAAGCCCUCGAAGAUCAGGUGUUUGGGGCUGUCUACAGACGAGGGCGAAGAGGGACCAGGGCUAUCAUUCCUCCGCUUAACGUUUUUGCUGAGCCUUCAACAACAGAAGAAACACGAGCAGCCACCCAAAAAAAGAACACUUUCACUCCUGCUGCUGUCAUCGAGAAAACAAGCUCUGAAGAUAAAAGUGGAGGCGACAUAGAGGAAGAGCAGCAAAUGAUAGAAAAAGUAAAUGAAACCAGCAGUGACAUUUUUAAAGAAGUAGAACAGAUGGAGGAAAAUGAUAUAGACAACGACAGGAAAGAGGCAAGCAACUUGCCAGAAAGUGACAAAGACAAUAGCAAAGAUGAGGAUCUCUGUCCAGCGUCUGAUAUUGAACGAAAGCAACGAGGCAGAAACUCAAAGAGAAAAAGGCCUAACACUCUGCAGCAGGUCGACAGUGAUUUGCAAGAGCAGGCACAGUCAGAAAGUACAGAGCAAAAAAAGACUGAGAAGAGGAAGUGUAAGAACAUGAGGUCAGAAAAAGGCAAGCCUGCCAGAGUGCCUAAACCUCUUGUUCUGGUUGGAGUUCAAAAUGGAGAAACCAGUCCUGAGACCAGACCCAGGUCAGAGGAAAUUCAGGUUCAUAUUGAGAAUUACCCCAGCAGUGAGGACCAAGAUAUCCCUGUUGCUAGGAGCACCAGGAGAAGUAGAAGACUUCAACACUUUGUUGAGGAGGUCCAGGAAGGUCACAAGAAAGCAAACUUGAAAGCCAGUAUAGCUAAAAAAGACAGGAAUGUUAAAAAGCAGUCAGACGAAGCUAAAGAUGGAACUUUGGAUCAAACAGCAUCACCUAACAAUGGAAACGCGACAAAGGUGGCUGAAAGAAACGGAUGUAUUUAUGAUCAAGACUUAGGAGGAAUAGAAAACAUGGAAUCCAGUGAGAGAGCAUAUUCGGCAGAAGAUGUUAAAGAGUCCAUCGCUGAAGUCCCAAAUGCUAAAACUUUGUCUGAAGCUAGUUCUGCUUGUCAUGUCCCUGUGGUCCCAAACUCCACAAGUCCAGCUGAAACAGCCAUGGUAGGUCCAACAUUUGAAAGUGACACUCCAAUAAAUCAUUUCCCAAACAGUACUCAGUUGGAAACCUUCGCAAAUGAGACAAAAUGUGCAGAAACAGAAAAUGAGGAGGAUAAGAAUGACAGCGAGCUGGACACUGAGCAACUGCUCAAGAGCUUCAAAGCCACCAAAAGGAAAUCUUUCCAUCUUGGUGGCCCAAACGUGAAAAAGAGCCGAAGUUUGGACCAAGAAAAUGUGCAGGGUGCUGAAGCAGAAAAUCAGAUACACACAAAGGCAUCUGAAAUCACCAACCAAGAGCCAUCAAGAGACCAUGAAAGCUCAGCUUGCAGUGAUUUGAUAUCCCCAUCUACAUCACCUGCCCUGACAAGAAAACCAGUUGUUGAGAAACCAGAUCAAGAGGUGGUUGAAGCCUCCAUCCCUGAUAGCAGUUGUUCAGGUCAGGACAGCGUUGGUGGUAUCUGUGUCUCCAGGAAUAGUGUCAGCAGUGCCCUCACUCCUAAUAAAGUGUCAAAGUGUGAAACAGGAAGUCCUCAUCUUUCUGUUGUGCCCCAAGUAGUAGAUUCUGGGCUCUGCUUCGUCGCCACUGAACAUGAGGAGCUAAAUGAACCCUCAAAGUGUUCUCAAAUCAAAGAGAGUCAGCUUGAUUGUACUGUGAGGAAUGCUGGCAAAGGGACCGAGAUAAGAGACGUUGGAAAACAUUCAGUUGGCAUCACUGAAAAUGUUUUAAACACAGAGUCCUCUUUAACUCCCGAUGGCCUCGGAGGACCAGUUGGACAAACUAUCCAUGAAGCAAAGUCAAACGGUUGUGGUAGCGGAGAGCUCAGCUCCCAUUCCUCCAUCAAGAGCGUGCCCAGGAGGAAGGCAAGGAGGCUCGAAUCGUCAUCCGAGUCAGACUGCAGUGAAGAGGGAUUACCAACUCUGAAAGAAAUUUUCGGAACAGCAGCUCCUCCCUGUGCUGUGACAGAUGAUCAGGGAGACUGCAGUGGAGCUAAUAGAUGUGAGGGUGAAGCAGAACAGCUGAGCCGUCCACCUCCGUGCCCCAGCCCCGACUGUGUUAACUCCAGCCAAGCGUCUGUGGACCUGUUUGGCACGCCAGAUGAAUGUGAUGCCCCAGUAAAUGACAUCAACGUUUCCAUGGAAUCAUCACAGUUUUCAAGUGAGGUCCUUGUCACACAGCAAAAGAUUGAAAUGCAGAAGGAGCUGGUGAGGUUGGAGAAGUUGAUGGCUCUGGUGUCAGAGGUGCUUCAGGAGAAGGAAGACAGUCCUGCAAAAGAGGCGCCCUCAAAAACAGACCGGGAAACUGUUCCAGAAGCAGAGCAAGACUCCAGCACAAGACCAUCUGAUGGCAAAGGGGUCACGCAGCCCAGUGUGUCGAAGCAACACAGCACUGCAGAGAUGGCUGUGCAGCGCUCCACACACACAGAGACGAGUGUAAGAGGCACCGGAGCCACUAAGACGUCCUGUUCAAGUUCAGCAGUCAGAACAUUAAAGAGCAAUGGUUCACCGACAGAUGGGCAAGAGGACAAAGAAAAUAACAGUCCUCCGAAAGAUAGAAGCAAAGCUAAAAUGGUGCUUGCGUCAUCUGGAUUAGGCCCCAAUGAACAGAUAAUGGUGAAAAAGUUUGCCAAGCAAGUUGGUGCCCGUGUGGUUUCCCAGGUGACGCCGGAGGUGACCCAUAUCAUAAUGCACACAGACGAACAACUGGUCUGCGAGCGCACACUAAAGUACUUCCUUGGCAUCGCAGGCAGGAAGUGGGUGGUGAGCUUCCAGUGGAUUUCAGAGUGCUUCAAACAAAAGAAACUCUUAGAUGAGAGCGUCUUUGAAGUGAGAGGUGACGUGGUGAAUGGACCAAACCACCAGGGACCCAUGAGAGCUCGUACCACUGAAGACAAUAACUUGCUCAUGAAGGGCUACAAGAUCUGCUUCCAGGGCCCGUUUACAGACAUGACUACAGAUGAAAUGGAGUGGAUGGUGGAGCUUUGUGGAGCAGCUGUAGUCAAAGAUCCUCUUCUCCUCGACAAUAAACAGAAGUCCCAUCAGCUGGUCAUUGUACAGCCCGGAUCAGAGUUGACGUCCGCAUACAGCAGUCUCUCUAGAAACGCUACAGUCGUGACACGUGGUUGGCUCCUGGACACCGUGGCAACCUACACACUCCAAAACCACAACAAGUACACAACAUGAGCAGUGGAGCCGAGCGCAUUAAACCCACAGUCAUGCAUCGUCCUCUUAAUAAACAUUUUACAAGUUCUGCUUUUUAAUGUCCGGUCCUGUCACCAAACUGUCAUGCUCCAGUUUUAUUAAAGUUAAAUCAACAGAA